AUGUUAACAUCGUCGCCUACGAUAGCAGGAGCAACGAGCGCAUCGCCGAAGACUCUCCAUUAUGCGACAUCACGUUCUCCGCAACAGUCGCCCAAGAUAACGGUGCCAUUACCGCGUCGCCAAUCUCGACAUUCUCUAUCACGUUCCUCGCCUUCAACCUCCAUACGCUCUCCGUCCCUGUCUAGGCCAAAGCAAUAUGUGGGAGUCGAUGCCGCCACCCAGUACUCACCGAUGGAACCCUUCGACCCCAUGGUGCCCUUACGAGCCGCAUCGGUGUCAGGUCCCAGAAUAUCAAGCUCCACGGCUGCCGCGACAGCGAUAGCGACAGCACCAGCGACGGUGAUGACCACGACCGAGAUCGAACCCAAACCCGCAAUUUUGGAGACUUCGGUUGAACCAAAUAUAUCUUCGGGCAGAAACGCGGAGGCCCAACACCAGGUCCAGAUCCAAACCCUCUCCCCUAAUAAAAGGCGCAAAUCGCAGGACCCCAUCGCCGCCCAGCCAUCUUCGUCGAUAGUAGCUUUGAGCCAACCGAGCUCUCCAAAACGGUCGAGACCUAAUGAAGGUCCUCCUAAGGUACUGCCUCUGAGAUAUGAGCUGUGUGACGUGGAGGAUAUGGUGGUCCUCAUUUCGAACAUGCUCGGGGAGUUGAUUGAAACGAACGACUCGAUUGCUAUGAAAAGCGCCCACCUCACGAGGUUUCAUUCUAGAACAGCUCCGGGCAUAUCAGUUCUGGACUAUCUCCAGCGACUCGCGAAGCACGCUACGCUAACGCCGCCACUUCUCCUUUCCAUGGUGUCCUACAUCGACCGCCUAUGCGAGGACUAUCCUGAUUUUACAAUCAAUACUCUGACAGUGCAUCGCUUUCUGAUCACUGCUGCUACAGUGGCGGGGAAGGGCCUGUCGGAUUCGUUCUGGAACAAUUCGUUUUAUGCGCGCGUCGGUGGCGUUAAAGUAGCGGAGCUGAAACUGCUAGAGCUUGAAUUUUUAGGUCGGGUGGACUGGAGGAUAGUGCCCAACCCGGAAGUCUUGGUGGCCUACUAUAAAGGUCUGGUUGCGCGUUGCCCCGGCUACAGCCUGCAAGAUGAGUUGUCCCUAUCUGCACCUGGCUUCAAACCCCAUGAGAGCUCCAUGAAGUUCCUAUCAGGCGUCUACGGCCUCACGGCCCUCGCGCUGGCCAGCCUAGCCAGCACCGCCGCCAGCGACCGCACCGCCGCCAUAUACAUCCAGCCCGUGUCACUUUCGGCUGGAGAGCCGGCAUCGGCCCCAGCGCCUCUCGCCGAGGUCCGGUACGACGCGUCGGCGGGCGCGGAGGUAGUUUCCUACGAGGCACCCGAGCUGCCGGAGGGAACGCGGCUCGUGCGGGUCGGGGUGUGGGACGCGGGCGGUGGGCGGUGGGCGUCGUCGACUACGGUAGGUUCGGCGGAUAACUUUGGCAAGGGAUUGGCGCCGGCGCUGCUGUUGUCGGUCGACGCGCGCGGUGACGUGCUCAGUGCAGCGCUCCGCGGGGUCCGCAUCGACGCCGGUCAGACGCGUGACUUCGGCCCCCGCGCCCUCCUGCUCCCCUCUCUACCCGGCCGCCAGCCCGAGCUCAACAAGCCCGUCGUGCUAUCGCCCGAGGGCAAGACCGUCGCCCCCGAAGAGAAGACGUUAUUCCAAAAAUAUUGGUGGGUAAUGGCCGUUGUUCUCCUCCUAACAAUGAGCGGAGGAGGUGGUGACCAAGGGAAAUAA